AUGGAGAGCUUCGAUGAUGUUUCUCUUAUUGGACCAGUGUCCCAUGAGCCAGCCUUCCACGAUGACCGACUCCCAAUUUCCAGCGCCGACCCUUCAGAUCCAAGUCUGGCGAAACCAGACACUGUAGAGGCGCCACCAACGUCAACUCAAACGACGAGUACAGGAAUCUCUUCGCGAAUAGAGAAAGCUGAUCGUAUUGGACUGGUUGACGACGGCUCUGUUGUGUCGGAGUUCGAGUUUCCCCCUUUGUCCUACAACCCACCACCCGGGGCUCGGAUUGAAGAGGAAGACGGCGAGGAUGAGGAGCCACGAGUAGCCACCUCUUUUGAGCGAGAGGCGUCGCCAGCUACUGCGCUAAAACAUCGACCCACAUUGGACAACCUAGAGGAUGAGGGUAUCAAUCGCAUGCACAAAUUCACUCUAUACGAAACUGCGACUCGAUUCUACAUGGUUGGAAUCAACCUUACGGAGACUCGUUUUCGCAUUUUGAAAAUUGACCGGACUUCAGAGUCUGGAGAGUUGAGUAUUACCGAAGAUGAUAUGGUGUACAACAAAAGAGAGAUGGUCCAGUUGUUGGACGCGAUCGAUGACGGCAAUAAAAGCUCUGGCGGGUUGAAUCAGAAAUGUAGUGCCUGGGCAUUGCUCGGUUUCAUUCGGUUCACAGGCGCAUAUUAUAUGCUACUUGUCACCAAGAGGAGCCAAGUUGCCAUGCUGGGUGGGCAUAAUGUCUAUCAGAUUGACGAAACAGAAUUGAUCCCAUUGACCACGUCUGAACCUUCACACCUGAAGGCAGAGAAACACCCAGAGGAGGCACGAUAUAUUGCGAUCCUGAACAAUCUCGACUUGUCGCGGUCUUUCUACUUCAGUUAUGCCUACGAUAUCACCCGCACACUCCAGCAUAACAUCUGCCGGGAUCGCAAGCGGCAUCAGGAUGGCCUCCCACAGCCCUUCUCCCAAGAUUACCAUUCCAUGUUCAUUUGGAACCACCAUCUUCUUUCCCCCGCUGCUGAGGCUCUCAAGAACCCCUACGAAUGGUGUCUUCCUAUCAUUCAUGGAUAUGUGGACCAGUCUAAGAUGAGUGUUUAUGGACGAUUGGUCUAUACCACAAUCAUCGCCCGUCGAUCCCGAUUCUUUGCUGGAGCACGCUUUCUUAAGCGCGGUACGAAUGACUUAGGAUACGUUGCCAACGAUGUGGAGACCGAACAGAUUGUAUGUGAACAGACAACAACCUCAUUCCAUUCCGCUGGUCCAAGACUCCAUGCAAACCCUCAUUACACCUCAUUUGUCCAGCACCGCGGGAGCAUCCCUCUUCAUUGGACCCAAGAAAACACAGGUGUAUCGCCCAAACCUGAUAUUGAACUUAAUCUUGUUGAUCCAUUUUACUCGGCUGCAGCGUUGCAUUUCGAUAACCUUUUCGAAAGAUACGGAGCUCCAAUCUACGUUCUUAAUCUGGUUAAGUCCCGAGAACGAACCCCGAGAGAGUCAAUACUCCUCAAAGAGUUUACAAACGCUGUGACUUACUUGAAUCAAUUUCUCCCUGAAGACAAAAAGCUCAUCUACGAGGCUUGGGACAUGAGUCGUGCUGCGAAAAGCAGGGAUCAAGAUGUCAUUGAAACUUUAGAAGGUAUCGCAGGCGACAUCAUUCCAAAAAUCGGUUUCUUUAAGAAUGGCGAUGACGCGGAGUCUGGCCUACAGCUUCAAAAUGGUGUUGCGAGGACCAACUGUAUCGAUUGCCUUGAUCGAACGAAUGCCGCGCAAUUUGUCAUUGGCAAGCGAGCACUUGGAUAUCAGCUCCAUGCCCUUGGCGUCAUAGAUGACACCACAGUGGAGUAUGACACCGAUGCCGUCAACCUGUUUACGAACAUGUGGCAUGACCAUGGUGACACUAUAGCUAUUCAGUAUGGCGGAUCACAUUUGGUGAACACCAUGGCUACCUAUCGCAAGAUUAAUCAGUGGAGCAGCCAUUCUCGUGACAUGGUUGAGAGCUUCAAGCGGUAUUACAACAACUCUUUCCUUGAUGCUCAGCGCCAAGAAGCCUACAAUCUGUUUCUUGGAAACUAUAUCUUUUCGCAGGGCACUCCAAUGCUUUGGGAUCUUCCUAACGACUACUAUCUCCACCACACCAACCCUAAGUCCCAUCUUGCAAGAAAGAAACCUAACUAUAUCGCGUGGUAUACGCCUGAAAAUUUGAAAGCCAAGGAAUUUCCGCCGAUGCCAUUUCUUCCCAACGCACCGAUUUCACAUUUCGAUGACUUCUGGUUGGAGUACUACCGGCCCCUUGCUCUUUCCUCUCUCUCCAAGGUCUUCUCUCUGAAAAUGAACUCCACAACUCGGUACUUGCCUCCGAUCCGCCCAGGACAUCCAGUGCCCGAUCUGAGUCCCUUCGUACCCCGAAUCCCUCCAGAGCAAAUCCAACGCGAGCGCCACCCACAACAGCGCAGCGUCAAAAUCCAAGAACCACCCACCAGUCGCAGUCGCGCCUCAUCAGGCGCCCUGAAAACCCCUGAGUCCACACACACCUGGGCCCACCAGCCACCCUCAUCAUCAAAACACCCCCCGCCCACAGGCAUCAUCAAAGAACCCACUUUCGAGAUCCAUCAGGCAUCUCGCAUCCCGCCCAUCAACCCCCCAAAUCCCCAUUCCACCCCCAGCAAAGCCGAGAUUGCCCAGUGGACCCUCGGCCAGCUAGUCAGCGACUCGCUCAGCCCCUCUGUCACCGCUGCCGAGGCGGAAGAGUAUGAACGGUACAUCAACCACCCGCUGAAGGUUCCGCUCGUUGUUACAUCUGAAGACGAAAUGACAGCUUCCUCAUUGCAAGACCAUGGCUACAAUACCGAUCUACUGGAGUACGCGAACAAGUGCAAUGUUGAGGACGUUGCACUGGAGACAAGGGCCGGGCACAAUAGAGAUGCUUAUACUGAGUUCCUGGAUAUUUCUGAGGAUGGCAUCACCGUCGUCGGCGAGGAUUUCGAGAAGAAGAGAUAUAAAAGAUACCGCCAGUGGCUGCGUGGGAAAAGCCUUUUCAAGCAGCGGGUUGAUGCAUGA